AUGGCCGACGUUGCCUCUCCGGUGGUCGACGAGAAGCCGUGCUUCGGAGCGAACCCGCAGAUAUUCAAGUUGGGAUUGGGAAAACAGCACAUUCUGGCACACGACAUCGGCCAGGGAUCACAGUGCCGGAACGGACCGACCUGCCGAUGCAAUGGACUCGACCUGCACUUCUGGAGGAAAAUGUGCAAGAACUGUGGGUGUCGGAUGGAUGAGCACGACGUCGUUCUGCCGAAUGAAUUCGAUCACGCACAGAUUGUCAUUGGCCGGUUAUUUGGAGCAAGAGAGCACUUCGAGAAAGUGCUCACGAAGCCAGGAAUGUACAAACCAUCAGAUCAGAGUGACUCGAAAGAGAGCAAUAUGAUGUCGAGGAGAUCUCAGCCGACAGCCGUCUACAACUACAAUAUGGCGUCCAGUGACUCCGAAUCAGAACGUGGUGGAUCAAAAAAAGUGAGCUCGAAGUCACAAGACGUUGAGAAAGUUUUAUUUCAGGAAAAUGUGCAGUAUGCGUGGGCUCCACUGCCGGACAAAGAUCUGGUUUCCCGGUACAUGAAGUGUCUUCCAGAAGAUGAACGGCCACUUGUCGGCUCAAAAGGAGAGCAGAACAGAAAGUCGAGGUUGCAGUUCCAAGUGGGCUUGUGCGUAAUUUUCAGUGUAAAUUCGAUAUUUUCAGUUGCCACUCUACGAUUGCAACGUGGAAGAUGCGCGAUUCGUGGAGGAGAAGGAUGUGAAAACUCUGCAGAACUUUGUCGAAAACGUCCGAAACAACGUAAUUGGAGUGGGAAGAGUAGUGGAGAUCGGAAGAGAUUCUGACAGUGGAGGAGAGAAUGAGGACGACUUCGAGAAGUCGAUGACGGCCGCGUUGAAGGGGCUGAAACUGGGCGAAACUGUAAGGAGACCACGGAAACCGAGACUGAUUACGUACUUCCAGGAAUGCAAAGACUGCAGCGAGGCGAUGAAAACUGGGGAGAUCGGAGUGCAAUGCAAGCACCACAUGACUGCAGACCACUACCAUCCGAACUGUUUCCGAUGCGACACGUGUCGGCAGCUGCUCGUCGAUAACAUUUAUUUCUUCUACAAGAACAAGUACUACUGUGGCCGUCACUACGCCGAUCAGCUCUAUCCGAGAUGUGCUGGAUGUGACGAGGUAUCAUUUACUCUUCCAUCUUCUUCUCCUAACUGAACUUGUUCAGCUCAUUUUCGCGAACGAGUACACAUUCGCCGAGGAGAAAUCGUGGCAUUUCGAUCACUUUGCCUGUUUCAAAUGCGACUUCAAACUGGGCGGAUCUCGGUACAUGACGAGAGAUGAGAAUCCGUUCUGUCUCGAAUGUUACCUGAAACAUUUCGCUAAGGUGAGAAGCCAUGACUACCGUAACCCUAGUUCCCUGUUCAUUUCAGACAUGCGACACGUGUCAGCACAAAAUAGGUCCUGACGAGAAGCGAUUAAAUUACAACGAGACGCACUGGCAUGCGGAGGAACGGUGCUUCCAGUGCAUUCAGUGCAAAAUGAACCUGAUAGGGAAGAAGUUCAUGUUGAAGAACCACAAGUUGCUGUGCUCUUCACAAUGCAAAGCCAACUACAACUCGGCGCAUCCGGAGGAUCAGUUGUGA